AGCUGGACGGCAGCACAUAAAAAAAAGAGGUGUGGCCGGCCAUUUCCUUGGUCGGCUCCGCGACCUCUGCUUCGCUCGGUCACUCGCCCCCACCAACUCCGACGGCGAUAAUGCUCCUGGUCGACGGCGAGCCCGUCCCCUGCUCCUCCCCCGAGGGGAGCAGCGGGAGGGAGCUCGUGGCGGCGCUCAUGGGGAACCCCGGGCUGCGCGCCGUGUCCGAGCGGCUCAGGGCCACGCCGGAGAAGCGGGUCCCGUCGGGGCCGGAGGGGGCCAGGCACGUGUACGUGUUCCAGCGGGAGUACGCCACGGUCGAUCCGGCGCGCGUCGAGUUAGUGGGCACAGAUGAGAUGACUACAUGUGUGGGUGUUGCAAUUCGCAACAACAAGACUGGAAUGACUUCCAUUAGCCAUAUGGACUUUCCAAAGAUUGUAGAAGGAGGGUUCAAACAGAUGCUAGAAUUACUUGGUGAUGACGACGAACCAUUUGAUGUUCACCUGAUUGGUGGCUUCGAUGAUGCUUCUACAAAGGUAGUCUAUUCUUCUGGAGGAAAGCACAGCAUACAGGAAGGGUACUCCCAUCCACUUUGUUGCAAGAUAGUUGAAGUGCUGCAUAAAUCCCAGCAACGGUUCCACCUCCGGUCUUUCUGUGUCCUUGGGAUCAACACUAUGACUGAUUCUUAUGGGAAUGCGCGACCCAUAGUUGGUGGAUUUGUGAUGCAAACAUCAUCUGGAGUUGUUACUCCUGCAAGCUUUGACAUCACUUCAAGGUGUCCUGAUGAAAUAGUCAGAAGAAUUCGUGUGAGUGUUUCUUCUUAUGAUCCAAAUUGGCGAGGAAAGUUGCUGGAGACUUACGACACACACGCUGAUAUUUUCCAGAUUGCCCCUGCCUGCUGGAUGCCAGAUUGGGCAGAAAUGGCAUCCUCACUUAACCAGCUUUCAGACUCUGAAGUCCUGCUUCAAUGCUCCACCUCUCCAGCUGCAGAACCACCUCAUUUUGUGGAAACUGAGAGAAGGAUAUGGAAAUACUUGAUCGAGAACCCAGACUGGGAAGACAUAUUUCCAAAGUACAAGCCCCGGGUCUUCCAUUGGACCAAUGAUGGAAGGUGGUCAAGGCACUCUUAGCAUUAUCUUUUUCCUGUCUUGUCAUCCAUUGGUGCUUACAAGCGGAACGGUGACAGAUUAUGGUCACACCAGCACUUAUACGAUCCCAGUCAUUUCCUCCAUUUCCAUACGCCUUUCAUCUUCAGUUAUCUCAUGCAUUAGCCACGGGUGAUUCAGGAUUAUUUGGUUCUUCCGUAAAUGUAUGCUGAGAAACCGGUCUGAAGUUGAUGCAUUAAGCACGGUUUGUGUGUUGUGUGGUAGAUUCAUUGUUGGUUCAUACCUAACCUCUGAAAUUUGAUUUGGUCGGUUAAAUGUUUGCAUGCAA